AUGUAUCCUCAUGUGAUCUUUCGGCCUCCAAUACUCUGUCACAUCGUCUGGUGGAUUGCGGUCGUUGCGGCUCCGGAUCCAAUCGAGUUCACCUCCGAUUGGUGGGAUCACACCACCUUACAUGAUGAAGAGCCGUUGCCUUCGGCACGGGACCUCUUGACCGCCUUCGCGUUCAAUCCGCGUCUACAACUUCCUCAGCAUGAACAGGGUCGGCCUUCCUUACAAAGCACGAUUCCUUUGGUUUUGCGAGCAGAAUCGCCAGCAAGUCCGUCUUCAGGGCCUGAUUUGGUCCCCAACGCUGCUUUCUUCGAGGACGUUUCAUUAGACUCAUCGCUCAUCUCACGAAAACCGAGAUAUGAUCCACCAAAACCUUCUACAACCCCACGAAUUACAACUUCUUCGGUCUUGCGAGCAGAAUCCCCAGCGAGCCCGUCUUCAGAGCCUGAUUUGAUUCCAAACGCUGCUUUCUUCGAGGACAUUUCACUACACUCAUCGCUGAUCUCACGAAAGCCAAGAUAUGAUCCAUCAAAAGCUUCUGCAACCCCCGAAUCCAAGUCCGCGUCUUCGGAUCCUGCUCUGAUUGAAAAUGCUGCUUUCUUCCAUGACGCAUCGUUGGAUUCCAGACUGAUCAAAAAAAGAACCCAUGACGGACAACUCAAACUUGCCACUUCCAACACGCAUUCCAUCUUACCCUACCCUCGAGGCCCCAUGAGUAGCGCUUUUUCCCCGGAUGAAACCAAUCUUCACGGUUCCGCGACCCAAGCACCCAUCGCCGUUGACUCGUCGAUCAAGGAAAUACUCCAAACGUUGCCCUAUGAAUAUGAUGUCAAUAAGCGCCAUCAGAGACCUGGCCAGUUUACAGGGGCAGCACCAGCGACUCUCAUAUUCAAAAAAGCUGGCGUUGAGUCUGAUGCGACAGGGAGCAAACUAAACACAGCCACACCACAUCCGGAGAAUCAACUCAUUCCGUCCCAGAGCGAACCUGUUGCCCGGGAGAUGAACGAUCGCAUUGUCAUCUUACUGGUCAAGGAGCAUCUUGAAAAAUUUCGUCAGAGAGCCAAUGCGAGGGAAUUCGUGCCUCGAAGUCAAGGACGACGGAUCCAGUUUGGCGAUGAACCUCUCGCGAUGCUACGCCAGGUCCAACCUUUCUCUGGUUACGUCAUAAGACCCUUACAACGUCCAGAUUCUAUGGACUGUACUCAGAGGGCUGCAGUUCUGGUAGCCUUUUACACCUAUUUAUGUGAAUCUAUUCACACCUUGCACGAGGAGCGCUUGAGAAACUCAAACCUUCCCUCCUACAAGUACAGGGAACAGCAGCAAAAACUGUUCAACUGGCUCGAUAAUCUAAUCUUCACGCCGCCUGGUGGUAUGCCACUCAUGGGAACUAGGAAUUUGGUCUAUCCCGAAUGGCGAAAAAACGAUGAACUUGAGGAUAGCCAGUUACAGUUACUGAAAUUCUUCACUCAACAUAAAGACACAAAUCAACUUGGACCCUCUACUGUCUCCAAGCUUUUAGACUUCUUCAUAUCUCAGCAGAAGAUCGAUUAUUCAGCACCUAGCCGCACUCGAGAAGAUCUAAUUGGAAUUCACAUGAGUCCAGACUUCCAGGAAGGAAUGAAUUUUAUGUUAAAACUUACUGUCAAGACUGAGAAGGACUUCACAUUUCUGCUACGAUACUGGAAAGGAUCACUUCAACAUGAUCACCUCAUGUCACAAAGUGCCGAGUCUUUCAAAAGUAAAUUUGACCGAACGGCUUUGACGAACCUCUAUCUGGCAUUCCAUCCGAGGUUACCAAUAGCCAUGUAUUUUCCCGAUUGCAAGGCAGGUUACGAUGAAAAGCCAACCCAUGGAAUCUUACGAGUGUUGGAAAAGCCAGGUGGUAAAGCAUUGAUAGAAUCAAAGCGGUUCUCUGCGAAGUUCAGAAGAUUGAUUUCUGGAGUCAAUUAUAUCCAUGUUGAGCUAGCAAAAAUUUUGAAGAUAGACGGAGAAGAAUUUGAAAUAAGAAAAGGAAGGCUCUUUGAUUGGCUUGUCAAUAUCAUAGUCGACAAAGAAUCAACUCUACCAAUAAUUGGGAGGAUGCCACUCAAUGAUGGUCUAGCACCUUGGGAGGACGCCCGCUAUGGGGUGGGCGAGUUAUUUACACCUGUUCAAGUAAAAUUAAUCAAACACUUUUCAAGGAACGAAGACCUUGCUGGUUUUCAAGAUGUCACUGCCUUUGUUCUCACUACUUGGUACCAAGAGCAUUGUUCUUUCUGA